CGCGGCUCAGAGACAACAUGAAGGUGUAUUUCUGCGGGAGCAUCCGCGGCGGCAGAGACGAUGUGCACGUGUACCGGAGGAUCGUGCACGCGCUGCAGAGCUACGGGAGCGUGCUCACCGAGCACGUGAGCAGCAGCGAGAUCAGCGAGAGAGGAGAGGCGGGGGGGGAUCGGGCCGUUCACCACCGGGACGUGGAUUGGCUGCGGCAGAGUGACGUCGUCGUUGCCGAGGUAACUCAGCCUUCUCUGGGCGUCGGGUACGAGCUCGGCCGAGCCGUUGCCAUGGAGACGAAGGUCCUGUGUCUGUUCAGACCAGCGUCUGGACGAAGUGAGGACACUUCCUGUUUCCUUCCUCCUUUCUGUUUCCUUUGCGUUUCCUCCUUCCUGUUUCAUUCCUCCUUUUUGCCUGUUUUCUUGCCGUUUCCUUCUUCGUGUUUCCUUUUUCCUGUUUCAUUCCUCUUUCCUGUUUCCUUCCUCUUUCCUGCAACAACAGUCGUCAUCCUCUCUAACACCACUUCCUGUUUCAGGUCUGUCGGCGAUGAUUCGCGGUGCUGAAGACGGCGAUCGGUUUGUGGUGAAAGAUUACAGAGAAGACGAAGUUGAGAACGUUCUGGAAGAGUUCUUCAACUGCCUGAAGAGAACCUGAGGAGAACCUGAACAUCUGCCUUUAAAAACAACUUCCUGGUUCAAUUGUUUUCAGAAUUAAUAUUCUGGAGUAAAAGUUUUUCUAAAUAAAAAAAGGAGAACCAGA